AGUUCUCUGCGACACAGCCAGUUGAAGCCAGCCUUCUGUGGGGACGGUUGGAAGGCGUUCUCCCUCCCGCCGACCCGGUGUGCCGGAGGAGUCCCGGAAUCCUGAGCCUGGGUCCGAGAAGCUCUAUGGAUCAUGGAAGUGAGCACACUUUUGCGCCCUAGAAGCGUUGGAUGGAACAAAGAAUGCAGAAAGGGAAGAUGAGUCUACACCCACAUUCUCUGAAGAUAUUUACAGCACUCAAGACAGUUUGCUAGUUGAUAUGAACCUUGGAAAUUUCUCAGAGUGUGUACGGAACCAGCCAGCUAACACUAGGGUUUCUUCUUUGAGACAAUUUGAACCCAUUUGCAAAUUUCACUGGAUAGAAGCAUUUAAUGAUGAGAUGACAUUUCAAGACCCGGGGGAAGCCUCUUCUUAUCUGGAGAAGCCAGAGUUGCAAAGCCAGGAGUAUAAUGAUACAUCGGAUGCCAGUGAGAAGCCCGACGCACUUAAGGGAGAAAGUCCGAUGGAAACUAGCAUUUCUGAAAAUAAAGACCAACCUAGAAGUCUGUCUCUAAACUACUACAGAAGGGAGACACAGCUGUUUGUGGAAAAUCCACAGGCUAGAAGUGCUGUUGUAGAUGUUGCCCUGAACAUCAGUCAGCCACAGAGUUUUCCGGGUAGAGAAAAUGUCUGCACAAGUGGUGAAGAUGCAUUUGAUAGUGAGAACUGCCUAGACCUGCUUGACUUGAGAGCUAAUUGUGAAACAGAGGAGCCUGAAGUUUCUUCAAAAGAAAUACAGAAUUCUGGGGAGCUUUCUGAGAUGUCAAGUAGUCACCAUCAGGAAGUCACAGAAGAUGGUGUAGACAGCCUAGCCCUCGCCUCACCUUGGUUUCCAGCAGGCAUCUUCAAGAACAGUAGAUCUCAGGACAACUGUAUGAUGCCUGAUAGGGAACUAUGCUUUGAAAGCUUGGAGCCUUUGGAAGAGGACAUGGCUUUAAAUGAAGCCUUGCAGAAAUUAAAGCAGACUAACAAAAAACAGGAAAUUCAGAUCCAAGACCUCCAUAGUAGGAACUUGCACUUAGAAAACAGGGUUAAAGAACUACAGAUGAAGGUCAUCAAACAGCAAGUAUUGGUUGACAUCAUAAACAAACUAAAGGAGAACAUUGAGGAGCUAAUUGAUGACAAAUACAACGUACUCCUAGAGAAGAAUAAUAUUAACAAGAAAUUCCAGGAUCUGCAAGAGGUUUCCGCCAACACCAAAAAGCACCUUCAGGAAUCCAAGAAAGACAAGGAGACCUUGCAGCUCGAGGUUAAAAAGAUCAAGGUCCAUUAUGUCCGUUUACAGGAAAGGUAUAUCGCCGAGAUACAGCAGAAAAACAAAUCGGUCAGUCAGUGCCUGGAGAUAGAGAAGACCUUAAGCAAGAAAGACGAAGAGCUGCAAAGGCUGCAGCAGCACAAAGGAGAGCUGGAGAAGGCCACCAGUUCCGCUUUGGACUUGCUGAAAAGGGAGAAGGAGAUCCGGGAGCAAGAGUUCUUGUCUUUUCAGAAGGAGUUCCAGAGGCGGGAAAAGGAAAACCUGAAAGAAAGACGGAAAUUGAAGUCAAGAGUGGAGUCACUGAUGUUGCAAGUGAAAGGUUUACUGUUAACCUGUGAGAGCGAGAAGGCAGCGGCUACAAAGCUCCAGCAGCAGGUCAACCAGCUGAAGCAGGAAAACGCAGAGCUCCAGCAGCAGGCUGCCAAGGGGGAGGCACAAACUUGUGCCCCUCACUUUGAGAUAAUUCAGUCAAGAAAGCAGCUGGAGGAAGUGAUGGAGCCAGGUGACACCCAGGGUACAAAGGGGCUACAUUCUAAUUUGUUCCUGGAUUGCUCACCUUGUAAAGAGACCCUGGAACUUCCACCUAUGAAGAGAACUACUCCACUGGCCUCUAGAAUUCACAGUCUUUUGGCCCUGACAAUAGGACUUCUCACAUGUCAGGAUAUCACCAUUCCUAAUGCUGAACAUUGCCAAGAAAGUAAGAAAGCUAAUGACAUAAUGCUGCAAAAACUGAAGAGGUUUCAGCUUAAAAAGAGAGAUCUAGAUAAAGAGUUAUUGAAACAUAAAAACAGAAUUGCAACUCUUAAAGAGUUAAUUGCUAAUGAAAAAGCAUUUCAAGAUCACACUAUUGAGGUCACAGAUUUUGAUGCGGAAGAAGCCAGGAAUACCAGAGAUGCACCUGUGUUACUGGCAGUCAGACUGGAUAAAUAUCACAAUCUAAAUGAGGAGCUUAAUUUCUUGAUCACAAAGUUGGGGGGCCUUCUAGAGAGCAAAGAAGAACACUACAGCAGACUCAUCGAGGAGAAUGACAAGUACCGGAGACAUGUAGGCAGCUUAAUAAAUAAGGUAACAUCAUAUGAAGAAAUUAUCAAGUGUGCUGACCAAAGACUUGAGAUAUCCCAUUCUCAGAUUGCAUAUUUGGAAGAGAGAAAUAGACAUUUGGAAGAUUUAAUUAGAAUGCCUAAAGAGAAAGUCAGAAGGCCAAGACCAAGACUAGAAAAUCACCCAAAGUCCAUGACCUUGGUAGGUCAUCUUGAUGAAUACUAUAAAGAAUGUUCUAUCUCCAUGUGAACUGACAGUAAUACAUGAUUAAAUAUU